UAAAGUCCACUUCAAAAAUUAAUACGAUAAAGAGAUCCUGAUGCGUCCUCUCCAGAUUAUUCCCAAGCAAUUCAUUUCCCAGCUGUAUUGUGGACUGAAGUCUCCAGUCUCUUCACGAACCAGCAUUUGCCCAACCAUGGCUCGUCCGAGUUCAAAUAUGGCAGAUUUUCGGAAGGUUUUUGCAAAAGCAAAGCACAUAGUCAUCCUCACAGGUGCUGGUGUUAGCGCUGAAAGUGGGGUUCCUACAUUCAGAGGAGCCGGAGGUUAUUGGAGAAAAUGGCAAGCUCAGGACCUGGCUACUCCUCAGGCCUUUGCCCGAAACCCAUCGCGAGUUUGGGAGUUCUACCACUAUCGGCGGGAGGUCAUGCAGAGCAAGGACCCAAACCCUGGGCAUCUCGCCAUUGCUGAAUGUGAGGCCCGGCUGCAUGGGCAGGGGCGGCGCGUUGUGGUCAUCACCCAGAACAUCGACGAGCUGCACCGCAAAGCCGGCACCAAGAACCUUCUGGAAAUCCAUGGUAGUUUAUUUAAAACUCGAUGCACCUCUUGUGGAAAUGUGGCAGAGAAUUACAAGAGUCCAAUUUGUCCAGCUUUAUCAGGAAAAGGUGCUGCAGAACCUGAAACUGAAGAUGCUAGGAUCCCAGUUGAGAAACUUCCCCGGUGUGAAGAGGCAGGGUGUGGGGGCCUGCUGCGACCACACGUUGUGUGGUUUGGAGAAAAUCUGGAUCCAGCCAUCCUGGAUGAAGUGGACCGAGAGCUCACCCUCUGUGACUUAUGUCUAGUGGUGGGAACCUCCUCUGUGGUGUAUCCCGCUGCCAUGUUUGCCCCCCAAGUGUCUGCCAGGGGCGUGUCAGUGGCCGAAUUUAACAUGGAAACCACCCCUGCCACGGACAGAUUCAGAUUUCACUUCCACGGACCCUGUGGAACAACUCUUCCUGAAGCCCUUGCUGGUCACGAAACGGAAACUGUUUCUUAAUUGUCCUGGAAAAGUAAGAAAUGACAGUACCUUUAAGUAUUGGGCCACACAUGGGGGAGAAACAAUCUUAUUUGGAUGGUGAACUAAGUAUUGGAAGAUCCCAAAAUAUCCUCCAAUUCCCUCCCUGGAAUCCAACCUGUUGACAAGUGGUAGAGGUUUAGAGGU